AUGCCUGCCGCGCAGCCUCAUGUGCCUGCCGCACACCCUCACGUGCCUACCGCACACCCUCACGUGCCUGUCGCACAACCGUAUGUGGCUGCCUCACACCCCUUAUCACCACUUGUGACUGAUCAGGGACCACAAGUAACUGAUGUUACCCGAUUCCUCCUGAGGAAGGACUUGCUAUUCUCCAGACUUACUCACUUUGACGAUAGACCAGAAUCAUACAGUGCCUGGAAACACAGCUUUAUGUGUGUAGUGAAUGAGCUUCAAGUCUUGGACUCCGAGCAGAUGGACCUUCUUAUCAAGUACUUAGGUCCGGAAUCUAAGAAGCACGCAACAAGCAUGAGGACAUCCAACAUCUUCGACAUCUCAAGAGGACUAAGAAGACUUUGGGAAAGGUUGGAUGAGCGCUAUGGUGCACCAGAACAUGUGGAAGCAUCCGUAAGAGCCAAACUGUUGAGUUUCCCAAAGCUUGGCAACAGAGAUCAUCAAAAACUUUACGAUCUGUCAGACAUUCUUAUGGAGAUGAAGUUUUUGAAGGAGGAUCCGAAGUACAGUGCAAUGUUGGCCUAUCUAGACUCAUCCUCAGGGAUUAGACCCAUCAUUUCAAAACUUCCGUAUGGCCUGCAGGAGAAAUGGACCAACAGAGCCAUGAAGUACAAGCUUGAACAUCAGACUGUGUUUCCACCCUUUGGUGUGUUUGUUGACUUCAUGAAGGAGAUGAGCAGAGUGAAAAACGACCCAAGUUUUGCGUAUCACACUGACGCUAACCACAACGAAAAGCAGCCUAUGAACGUUCCAAGGGGAAGAGUGAACACGAAGAAAACCACAGUGUAUCAACCAACAGGAUCCGGAAAUCUGAGCGAGCCGAAGCUUGAUGUGUGUAUAAUUCACACCGGUCCGGGUGUUAAACACAGUGUCAAUAACUGUCGAGUGUUUAAGGCCAAGCCUAUUGAAGAACGUAUGAAGUUGCUCCGUGAACACAGACUCUGUUUUCGGUGUUGUUCCGCAAGUCAUAGGAAACAAGACUGUAAAGAGGCCAUCAUGUGCAAGGAAUGCGGAAGUGAGUUCCACACUACGUCUCUCCAUGUUGAUUCGUCACCAGCUCCUACCACUGGAAGGGCCUCAUCAGUUCAUGGCGGGGAGGAGGCUCCUAGGCGUCAGCAAGUAACAAAAGAACAGCACGUCACAACCAUAAACAGCAACUGCACAGAAGUAGGGAAGGAAUUUAAGGGAAAAUCUUGUGCAAGAAUUGUUCCCGCGACUGUCACCUAUGAUGGAAGAGCUGUCUCUCUGUAUGCUAUGCUUGACGACCAGAGUAACAAGACCUUGGCUAAGAAGGAAUUGUUUGACUUGCUGAACAUCAAUACAGAGACAAUACCUUACCUGAUGACGUCAUGUUCUGGACAAGUGACAACCUUCGGGAGAACUGCCUCAGGACUCUAUAUUGAAUCAGCCAGGGGUGAGACCAGACUACCCUUGCCGUGCACGUUAGAGUGUGAUGAAAUACCGAACAACUACCAAGAGAUCCCUACACCUGACGUUGCUCUUCAGCACAAGCACAUGCGGGAUAUAGCCGGCGACAUCCUACCCAUUGACGCUUCAAGAAAAAUUCUGUUGCUGAUAGGAAGAGACCUUCCUCAAGUCCACCAUGUUCUUGAGCAGCGCAUAGGACGUGACCACGAACCAUUUGCACAGAGGUCACCCCUUGGUUGGACGAUCAUCGGCGACACAUGCUUGUCUGGACAACACAGACCAAGAGCUGCGAAUGUGUACAAGACCUUCAUCACGGACAGCGGACGUGGAACUAUUCUUGAACCAUGUGCCCAGUACUUAUCCGUGAGAGAGAAGCUUCCAACCAGAGAUGUGACAAACAGAUUACGGGUAUCUGACACUUCAUCUGAUGAACACUUAGUCAGACGCACACCAGAUGAUAACAAAGUGGGAUCAUCAGUGGAAGAUAGGAUGUUUAUGGACAUCAUGAACAAAGAACUAUUGAUAGGUGAGGAUGGAAAGUGGGUAGCUCCCCUACCCUUCCGCCAACCAAGAUUACGACUACCAAACAACUAUGAGGUUGCAUUGAGACGUGCACGAGCCUUGGACGCAAGCCUCAAGAGAGAUCCAGUAAAGAAGGAACACUUUGCGACCUUUAUGACAAAGCUGUUCGACAACGAUCAUGCUGAGAAAGCACCCACUUCCAAGUCAACGCAGGAGCAGUGGUUUCUUCCUCUCUUCGGGGUCUACCACCCUCAGAAACCUCACCAGAUCCGGGGCGUAUUUGAUUCCUCUGCGAAGUUCAAGGGAACCUCUUUGAACGACCAACUGCUGUCUGGCCCGAACCUCACCAACAGCUUGCUUGGAGUGUUGCUUCGUUUCAGGAAGGAGAUGAUUGCUGUCGUAGCAGACGUGCAGCACAUGUUUCACUGCUUCACCGUCAGAGAAGAGCACAGAGACUUUCUCAGCUUCCUUUGGUACAAGGACAACGAGAUCGGAACGGAACUAACAGAAUUCCGAAUGAAGGUCCACGUUUUUGGUAAUAGUCCUUCUCCGGCCAUAGCGACACUGGGCCUCAGGAAGAUCUCAGAACUAUCUGAGGAAAGCCAUGGACCUGAUGUCAAGGAGUUCAUCAAGAGGAACUUCUACGUUGAUGAUGGUCUGACAUCAUGCUCAACAAGCCAAGAAGCAGUAGACCUGAUGUGCAGAACCCAGGACGCAUUGAAGCAAUACGGGAACCUAAGGCUCCACAAGUUCGCAUCAAACAGCGCGGAUGUCAUGAAGGCGUUUGAGCCACGAGACUUAGCACAGGACAUCUACGACCUGAACCUUGAUGAGGACCAGCUCGUGCAACGGAGUCUUGGUAUGCGAUGGAACUUGUCGAGUGAUAUGUUCGAGUUCCGCAUCUCUACUGAUGACAAGCCCACAACACGCAGAGGUGUACUGUCGACAGUGAACAGCCUCUUCGAUCCAUUAGGCUUUCUCUCACCUGUUAUCAUCAGCGGGAAACUCAUUCUUAGAGACGUAGUGACCUGUACCUCAGACUGGGAUGAGCCGCUGCCGGACCAUAUUCUGGCAAGCUGGGAAGAGUGGAGUUCAUCUCUGAAGGAGUUGGAGAAGAUCCACAUACCCAGAACAACCGUGGUACAUCUUAGCAAGGCAGUAAGAAAGGAACUGUGGACAUAUGCGGACGCGUCAGAGAAAGCCAUAGCUGCCGUUUCUUACAUGAAGGUGUACUACGAAGAUGGCUCUGCGAUGACUGGAUUUCUACUAGGGAAGUCUAAAGUGGCACCAGUAUCAGGCCAUACCAUACCCCGUUUAGAGCUUUGUGCAGCUGUUCUAGCCAUUGAGAUAUCGCAGAUAGUCAUGGAUCACAUGGACAUAAUGUUCGACUCGGUGAAGUAUUUUUCCGACAGUCGUGUGGUAUUGGGGUAUAUCCACAAUGAUAAGAGACGAUUUUUUAUUUACGUCUCCAACAGGGUCGAGAAAAUCAGAAGCCUUAGUGAGCCGUCGCAGUGGAACUUUGUGCCGACACACCUCAACCCUGCUGACGAGGGCACUAGAGGCGUAGUUCCUAAGGACAUUGGAGAGUGUGCUUGGCUUAGAGGAACUACUCACCUGCAGCGCAUUGACGACGAAACCAAGGCAGAAGGGUUUCCCCUACAGGAACCUCUGUCAGACAGAGAAGUCAGACCUGUAUGUUUGAAGACUGAGUGUGAACCUAUGCUUGGAACUCAGAGAUAUGAGAGAUUUUCCAGCUGGGACAGAUUGGUCGAGGGUAUCGCCCUGCUCCAGCGAUUCAUCAUAAGCAGAAAGGGAGGUAAAUCACAGAUUUUACCGAAGUCCAUAGACUACUCUCAAAGAGCAGAAAACUACAUUAUCAAGACAGUGCAAAGAGAAGUCUAUUGUGAGGAGAUUUACUGUCUGAGAUCCAAACAACCAUUGCCGAAGAAUAGCAGCAUUCUUGCAUUGAGUCCGUUCCUCGACGACGAUGGUAUUGUUAGAGUUGGUGGACGCUUAAGACAUCUCAACGAUGCGACUGUCUGCAAGAACCCUAUACUGAUACCGGGGAAGCAUCACAUUGCGACCUUACUUGUACGCAAGUACCAUCAACUGGUGCAACACCAAGGGCGCCACUUUACGGAGGGAAAGGUCAGGUCCUGUGGGUUCUGGGUCACCGGCUGCAAGCGCCUUGUUUCGUCCCUCAUUCACAAGUGUGUUACUUGUCGGCGACAACGUGGGAGCUUCGCAACCCAGAAGAUGUCUGACUUGCCUACAGACCGCAUACUGCCAGGAGAGCCACCGUUCACUUCGGUGGGAGUAGAUAUCUUUGGGCCCUGGGACGUCGUGACUCGUCGCACUCGGGGAGUUCCAGCCAACGGCAAACGAUGGGCAGCACUGUUCACAUGUCUGGUGACACGCGCAGUCCAUGUCGAGGUAGUAGAGGAGAUGUCCGCAUCAUCCUUCAUCAACGCCCUGAAGCGCUUUACAGCCAUACGAGGACAGGCAAAGGAGUACCGUUCCGACAGAGGAACCAACUUUGUUGGCGCUACCGACCCUCUACAGAUCGACGCAAUCAACGUGGAAGAUCGUCAGGUCAAGGAUUUCCUGCACUCUCGGGGAACAACCUGGAUUUUCAACCCGCCCCAUGCAUCCCAUAUGGGUGGAGCUUGGGAGCGCAUGAUAGGGUUGACACGGCGCAUAUUGGACAACAUGUUGAAGGAUCAUUCAGCACAGGGUCUUACGCACGAGGUACUUACCACCUUUCUGGCCGAGGCAAGUGCGAUCAUAAAUUCUCGCCCACUUACCGCCGUUUCGUCAGAUCCAGACUCGCCUUUUGUCCUUACCCCAAGCAUUUUGCUUACUCAGAAGACGGAUGUACCGACCGAAGCUGUAUGCGACACAACUGCUAAGGACCUCUUCAAGGUACAGUGGAAGAGAGUACAGCACCUCGCCAAGAUGUUCUGGGACAAAUGGAAGAAGGAAUACCUGCAUACCUUGCAAGCGCGUAAGAAGUGGCAUCAUGGUCAACGUAACAUUAGUGUUGGUGACAUAGUGUUGUUAAAGGAUGUCGAAACCCAUCGCAACAACUGGCCGCUUGGACGCAUUACUGCAACGUUUCCUGGCAAGGACAACUUGGUUCGCAAGGUUGAAGUACGUGUCAGCAAGGACGGCAAGACCACCUCUUACGUCAGACCAGUGACGGAACUCAUUUUAUUAUUGGAGAACUGAAUGUUUUCUGUACUAAAUUGUAUUCAAAUCUUGUGUGAUAUAAUUUUAUAUAUCAGACGGGGAGUGUCAUGUUUCGUGUACAUUUUAUUUUUUGUUACGAAAGAUUUGUCGUACGACUUAAUUUUUUAUGUUGGAAAACCGCGCCAUACUCGAUGUAUGCACAACUCUGAUUCUCUGUAUCGAGGCUUGUAAUCCACAGUCUUUUUACCGUCGUCUGAGACGGUUAUCUGUCUCCCAAAUAAACUGAUUUCACCGACACUUGUGAGUCCGACUUUUAUUGGGGCAGAAC